AUGGGCAAAAUAUCAAUUUUACCUGCUGCAAUUGCGCUUCUGUUCUUUGCUUCCACAGCUAGGUCCCUAGUUUGUGAUAUCACGAAAUAUGGCGCGGGCGGUGGCACGAGUUCAGAUAUCACCCAGGCUUUGGUUAGCGCAUGGAAAGAGGCCUGCGCGGCAACAGAGGCCAGCAAAGUCCUGGUACCGGCGGGGACAUACGUGUUGCGGGAAGUGGUCUUAGAAGGUCCUUGCAAGAGCUCGAUCGAGGUCCAGGUCGAUGGCACACUCCAGGCCCCUGCAGAUCCUGCACAAAUGAAGACCGAUGGGUGGGUCGCGUUCCGCGUCGACCUGCUCACAUUGUCAGGUAGUGGAACUUUUGACGGUCAAGGGAAAACGGCGUGGACGAAGAAUGACUGCAACCUAAAGACGGAUUGCGUGACCCUUCCUAUAAACAUACGGUUCGACUCUGUCACCAAUGGCAUGGUCAAGGACAUAACUUCCCUCGACAGCAAACAGUUCCACGUGAACGUUUUGAACUGCAAAAAUCUCACGUUCCAACACGUUACCAUCACCGCACCCGGAGAUAGUCCCAACACGGAUGGAAUCCACAUUGGUCGCUCGACUGGGAUCAACAUUAUCGACACCGGCAUCAAGACCGGGGAUGAUUGCAUUUCCAUCGGUGAUGGCAGUGAGCAAAUGACCAUCACAGGAGUAACUUGCGGGCCUGGUCAUGGCAUUAGUGUAGGGAGUCUUGGAAAAUACCCAAAUGAACAGCCUGUGACCGGCCUUCAUGUAAAGAACUGCACGAUGACUGGCACGAUGAACGGCCUUAGGAUCAAAACAUGGCCUGCUUCUCCUGCCGGAACCGCAUCGGAUAUGCAUUUCGAGGAUAUUACACUGGACAAUGUUGGAAACCCGGUCAUCAUAGAUCAGCAGUACUGCCCAUGGAAUCAGUGCAAAUCGCAGGCUCCGUCCCAGAUAAAGAUAAGCAACGUCAGCUUCAGCAGAAUCCGGGGAACUUCUUCAACACAAGCCGCAGUUACUCUUGCUUGUAGCAGCCGACUCCCGUGCACGGAGGUGGAGAUCAGCGACAUCGAUAUCGCGUACCAUGGUCCCGAGGGUCCUGCUACAUCCGUAUGUUCCAAUGUCAAGCCCACGAUCUCCGGCAAGCAGAACCCCGCAAUCUGCACCAGUGCGGCGGCAAGCCCCGUUUCUCAAGCAACAUCAUCAAGAAUCAAGGAUUUAGCUGAGGAAGCAUUCCCUCCGCUCCGAGCGAAGGCCGCCAUGUUCGCUGUCCACUGGAUGGCCACGUCCCAUCCUCUCUCCUCUUCCGUCCUCCUCUCGAGCCCCUCCUCUUCUCGCGCUCCUCGAAUCCCUGCCUUCUCGGCCGCAAAACGCCUCGUUCCGUCGGUCCCGAGGCGGCUCGCGGAGAGCGGGCUCGGGGUGUCGGGAGUCCGCGGCGAGAAAUGGGGUGGGGCCCCUUCGGUGCGCUGUGCCGUGGCCACGGCGUCGGUGGCUCAGUCCGCGAGCACGCACAAAGCCGAGAGCUUGGAAGAGACCCGGAAAGGAGCGGAGGAGAGGAUCGUCUUGCCCACCAACGAGUCGUCGGAUAGGCUCCUAAAUUCGCCACACGGUAUCGGAGCUCAUAAUUGUGUUUUAACUUCUUCUUUUUCUUUCGGUUGA